GCGCUGUGUUACUGGGUAGCCAUUUUGUCGUGCGAGACGAGUGAGUUCAGAAGUUCACCCACAUCCCAAAACUGGACUGUUUGCAUUCGUGAUUUAUAGCUGUACCCUCUAAACAUGGCCCUGCUCAUCGGAAGAUGUCGCCUUGGCGUCACGAAAAGCAGCCCCUUGGUUAGUGUUUUACGUUGCCAGAAUGGAGCAGACAGUUGCAAGAUGGCCGCGGCUGCAGGAGUCGGUGCACAGAAAUUCAAGAAAUUUCACACAUCUUCUAUCGACUUGAAGAAGUACAGCUGGCUAAAUUACAUUCUGGGUGAAAGAACACUGAAAAGAUUCAAUGACAGAAGUAAAAUUAUUGUCAUAGAUGGCAAUAUUGCUGCCGGAAAAACUACCCUAGGUCAAAAGUUAGCAAAAGAACUUGGCAUGUAUUACUUUCCUGAGGCAUCUUUAGAUUACUUCGACAGACAAUCUGGAGAUGGUAAACGCUUGGAUCCAAAAUUCACCGGCAAUGUGUCACUGGAGAGAUUUUACAAAGACCCUAAAGCAGAGGACGGCCACAGUUUUCGAUUACAGGUAGUGAUGUACAUGAUAAGAUACUUGACGUACUGUGAUGCUAUGAACCAUCUUCUAACAACAGGGGAAGGUGUUAUUUUGGACAGAUCCGUGUACAGUGAUUUUGUCUUCUUGGAAGCAAUCACAACUGCUGGUCUGAUCAGAAAACAGUGUUAUGACUAUUAUCAAGAAUUGAAAGGGAUUUCUUUAUGGCGUGUGUUACCACCACAUUUAGUGAUCUACUUGGAUGCUCCCCUUGAUGUCGUUAAAAAGAGAAUCAAGGAGAGGGGAAUACCAUAUGAACAGACCAUUGACGACAGUUAUUUGGAGUCCAUUGAUCGUGCCUAUACUAAGCAGUUCCUGCCUGAGAUUGGUGAAAGCUCAGAGAUUCUACACUAUGACUGGACCAAUUUUGGAGAGAUAGAAAGGGUGCUUGAAGAUAUUGACAUGUUGAAAUAUGAGAAAUCACCCUGGAAUGAUCAAGAUGAUGUCAGUUUGCAUCACUACAGAGUAUUUUUCAACAAUAAAUUUCAUGUAGUUGCCAAGACGAUCAUGGCAAAAUAUCUGCCAGAACUGACUGUCGGUGCUUUGGAGUUUGAUGAAAUCAGGCAAGAAUAUUUGGAACUUCCUGGUAUGAGGUAUCAAAAAGGAUACAACAAGGAAGACGGCAAUCUUAUUUUCAAAUAACAAAAAUGUAACAAAUACGAAACAGAGAAGUGUACAGUGUGUUUAGAUUUGGAUAAAUUUUUAAUGUACGUGUAUAUGUAGUGAAAACAAAAAAGUGAAAAAUACAGACUGUAGGAGUGUUUGGAUAGCAUUGCUAGUAUUUUGAACUGAUUAGCAGAUUCUAAUUUAUUAUCAUUUGAGUAACACUGAUGUUUAUCCCUGUAGCAUUUGCCAUUUUUUACAAUUGUACCUGCAUUUUUCUGGGAUUUCUUGAAUAGAAUUUUAUGAGUUUAAUUAUGCUUAUUACUUUUGUGUUGUAUAUGCAUAUUUGAUUAAUUGAGUUGUCCGACAGUCUGCGAAUUAAAUCUGCAACCGUUUUCUGCUUUCUGGCAGUUUCGUUAAAUUGUUAGUGGUGACGAAACAAGCAAUUCAUGCCACACCCAUGUUUGCUCAAGUUCUUGAAGUAAAGGAGCUUUACAUGAUGUUGCAUAAAUUGAUCCAUUCUAUUUGCUUCAUCAAGCUUGUACAUGUAAAUGCCAGAGGAAUGUGUAAGGUCAAAACAAGUCAUAUUUUAAUGACACCCUAUUCAAUACAUGCUAAUGCUGGUUUACAUAUAUUUAUUGGAGAUGUGCUUGUAUCGAGCAAAUACAGUAAAUCCUCCUGUAAAAACUUCUGUAAAACUGAUAUGUAGAAAAAUGAGUGUGGUUAGUUUGUUUCUUGAAAUUGAAAUAGACAGCUUGGUUUAUAUCGCAAUAUACUUCUAACAUAAUAUACUCUACUCUAUUGCACCAACUAUCAGAGACAAUGGAUUCUAUAGGGUUGACCAUUAUACAGUUUAUUAUCUGAUAUGUUGAUCAGUUCUAUCAGUGAAAUAAAGUUUAUCUGAAAUACUCAA